AUGAGUCGGAACAAGAGUAAAGGCAGUGCAGUGUCUCGGCUUCAGAGUGACUACAUCCGCAUGAAGAAAGAUCCUGUUCCAUACAUCGUUGCUGAGCCUCUUCCUUACAACAUCUUUGAAUGGCCUGUCCUCCAUAUUCAGCAUAGAUCUAUUUCACUUCCAAGGAAAAACUCCCCAUAUGAAGGAGGCUACUAUCAUGGGCGCCUCGUCUUUCCACCAGACUUCCCCUUCAAACCCCCAAGCAUCUACAUGCACACACCAAAUGGGAGAUUCAAGACACACACACGACUAUGUUUAUCUAUUUCUGAUUUCCACCCAGACACAUGGAAUCCUGCUUGGAAUGCCUCUGCCAUCCUGACUGGUCUGCUGAGCUUCAUGUUGGAAGAGAACAGUCAAACAUAUGGAAGCAUUGUGACAUCCAACUGGGACAAACGAGUGUUUUCACAGCAGAGCCUGGAGCACAAUCUCAAUGAUGAAACAUUCAUAGAACUCUUUCCUUCUAUUGUCAAGGAUAUAAGGGAAGAGCUACAGAAGCGCAAGCAUGCCGAGACAGGAAGAACUACUUCACGACAAGGUGCAGGAUCACCUGAUGUCAAUAUCCAGAACCCCAGUGUUGCUGGCCCUCAAUCCCCAUUCUAUAGUGCAUUAGCCAACAUGGCAGUGUUUGCUAGUGUUGCCCUAUUUGCAUACAUCAUCCGAUUUGUGAUCCACAAUGUCCAGGCUGAAUGAUGGAAAUCACUUCAGUCAACUUUCAUAAAUUAAGAUUUCAACAUUUUCAUCCUGAUUACUUUCCCUUUGAUCUAGUUUAUCAAAUGUGCAAAUAUAUUUUCUUUCUGACUCCA